AUUUCAUUGCUCUGCCUGCUGCAUGGAAUUAGGCUCACUACCUGCCUUAGCUGGAGAAACUCCUUAGAGAGCCUCCUAGACACUGCUGCCAGGGAGAGAGGAAGGGAGGGGGUCAGCAGCCUCUCUUUUUGGGUGAGGUUUGUAUUGGCAGAAGACAAGGCAUCAAACAGCUGCUUGCACUAGAACAGCCACAGAGAAAGAACUUGGAAAUUGGGAUCAUUUUGUCCCCCAGCUCUGCACUGCAGACUACCAUUUAGAUCUUCAUGGGAAAAGUGUGGAGACAGCAAAUGUACCCUCAGUAUACCACCUUCUAUUACCCUCAGUAUCUGCAAGCUAAGCAACCCAUUGUGCCUGCCCACCCCAUGGCUCCUCCUAGCCCCAGCACAACUGGCAGCAACAACAACAGCAGUAGCAGUAGUAGCAGUUCGGGAUGGGAUCAGCUAAGCAAAACCAACCUCUACAUACGAGGACUGCUUCCAAACACCACAGACCAGGACCUAGUGAAACUGUGUCAGCCAUAUGGUAAAAUCGUGUCCACGAAAGCCAUCUUGGACAAAACGACAAAUAAAUGCAAAGGUUAUGGAUUUGUAGACUUUGACAGCCCUGCAGCUGCUCAGAAAGCUGUUUCUGCUUUGAAGGCUACCGGGGUACAAGCGCAGAUGGCAAAGCAACAAGAGCAAGAUCCAACCAACCUAUACAUAUCCAAUUUGCCCCUCUCAAUGGAUGAGCAAGAAUUGGAGGCCAUGCUGAAACCCUUUGGGCAAGUUAUCUCUACAAGGAUUCUGCGUGAUUCUAGUGGCACUAGCCGUGGUGUUGGGUUUGCAAGGAUGGAAUCUACAGAGAAAUGUGAAGCCGUGAUUACUCAUUUUAAUGGAAAAUUCAUUAAGACACUACCUGGAGUGUCCGCACCUACAGAACCCUUGUUGUGCAAGUUUGCUGACGGAGGACAAAAGAAGAGACAAAAUCAGAACAAAUACGUCCAAAAUGGAAGAGCCUGGCCUAGAGAGGGCGAGGUGAGACUUGCCGGAAUGACACUUACUUACGACCCCACUGCUGCUAUUCAAAAUGGGUAUGUCAGAAGGUUUUACCCUUCGCCAUACAGCAUUGCGACAAACCGAAUGAUAACACAAACGUCAAUUACACCCUACAUUGCCUCACCUGUCUCCACGUACCAGGUGCAAAGUCCCUCUUGGAUGCAGCCGCAGCCUUACAUAAUGCAACAUGCCGGCACUGUUCUAACUCCUUCCAUGGACCACACUAUGUCCCUACAGCCGGCAUCCAUGAUAAGCCCCAUGACGCAGCAAAUGAGUCAUCUGUCGUUAAGCAGCAGUGGAACGUAUAUGCCAGCCACAACAGCUAUGCAAGGAGCUUACAUACCCCAAUACACACACGUUCAGACAGCUGCUGUUUCUGUGGAGGAGCCUAAUGGACAGCAACAAGUAACAGUAGAGACUUCUAGUGACCAUUCUCCAUAUACCUAUCAACAAAACAAGUAACUCUAAGGUGUUUUCAUCACAUGGGGAAAAUAAGGUUCAGAGGCUGAAACAAUCAUGGAAUUUUCUGAACAAUCGUGCUUUAUGAAUUGACCGUUUUGCACAGGUUCUUGGGAAAAAAAAAACAUUAUUUAUAAUGAAAUCAACUCAAACUAUUUUUGCUAUAAGUUCUUUGAGGUGCAUCAAAAAAAAAAAAAAUCCUUCAAUUCAUCUAGUGGCUGUUCCCCUGAACAAGUUUAUUUUAUUACAAAAAAUUUUAUCAAGUUCUUUAACUCGAAAAAGGAAAAAAAAAAAAAAAUAAAGACUUUAGAGUUUAUUUCUGAGUGUGCACAGGUGACCAUUUGGAUGAAUUCAUGUGCAUGACGGAAUAUUUUGUGUUUUUGUUUCGUUUUUUUUUUUCUGACUUUUUUUAUUUUUUUUGUAUGAUUUUCUUUAUUUUGUUUUUACAUAAAAAAAUGUUUUUUAUCUGAAGGUUAACCAUUUCACCAGCAGAGAGGCCAGUGAUGCAUUGUUAGGAAAAACAUUUUUAAAAGCAAGGCAUCACUGAAUCCUCUGCCGUCGAAUUGGCUCCAUUAAAAUAAGGCAUCAUUUGAUGUCUCUGUGCUUGCAGUGUGGGUGUUCCUGUUGUGCAGUGUUGCAAUUGCUGUCUGUUUUUUCUGACUCUUUGUCAUUCUUUCUCAUAGCGUGAAGUGUCUUAUCUUUUUUUUCAAUGAAUUCCAAUUUGCCUUAAAACUUUCAAUGCUGUAGUUUAUUUUAUUAUUUUUAUUUUUAUUUUUUGUUCCCUCAAGUAGUACAGCAGUGUAGAAUGCUUUGACCAAGUAGGCUGGUCACUUAUGCCUUGUAAAACAGCAGCAUAGGGCUUUUAAAGGAUAGUUAAUAAAAUAAAAUAAAAUCUG